GCCUAUCGCCAUUGCAUCACGCAGCUAGCAAUGGGCAUGCAGGAGUGGCCAAGCUGCUGCUCGACCACGGCGUGAGCCCCAUGAUACGGAAGACCACGUACACUCCCUACAACAUGUAUCAUUUCCAACAAGAUGACACGGGACAGACCGCUUUACAGUGCGCCAUGAAAGGAGGGAAGUUUGAAAUCGUUCGCCUCUUCCUUCCAUUGAUUUCGCCUAUAGACGCAAAUACUUGUUUGCAUUGGGUCAGCGAUGUAGAGAGCCUCGAAGCCAUCCUUGAAACAGGGCAUGCCCAAGUGGACUGCUUCCUUGAAGGCUCGACCCUUCUUUUCAAUGCUGCAGCCGAUCACGAUGGCGAGAGAAUGCGAGUACUACUCAAACUAGGCGCCGACCCAAAUAAGAGAUGCUUCGGACAGCCGUCAUACUCGAAGAGCGGGCCUAUCACCCUGGAUGACGCGUAUCCUCGAGGACCAACUCCCUUGCAUGCAUUCGCAGGAUACGACAGGAAUCUUCACCUCUUCGAUGAAGGUGACGUAGAGAAUGCUGAAGAAUGCUUCCAGCUGCUGCUGGAUCAUGGCGUGGACAUUAACGCCACGACCGACGGCGACGGUCGCUUUUCCUAUCCACCAAAGAACAUGACAGCCCUACACUACGCAGUACAAAGACGGCAUGAUGGCAUGUGGUCCGACUACAGUAUCAAAGGCCGCACGGAGCUCACAAUCGCCGGGCUGUUGCUCCGUGCGGGAGCAAAUCCAAACUCCAGGACACUCGAUGGGGAAACCCCCCUGUUCUAUGUCAACACGCGCUGGCCCGCCAUUGUCGACCUCUUGGUUGAGCACGGUGCCGAUGUCAACGCAAGGGCGAACAAGGGCAGGACACCGCUUUUAAGCCUUAUCCUCCGAGGAGCACAGGGCGGCCUUGACGCUGGCAUUGUUCAGAAACUGAUCGAUCACGGUGCUGAUACAAACAUAGCAGACGAAGCUGGCAAUACGAUAUUGCAUAACAUCUUCCGAUGCUUCGACAAUUUCAAAGAAUCAAACACCUCGCUGCUCAGAACGUUGCUUUCCGCCGGGGCCGACUUGGCAGCUGCUAACAAAAAAGGCCAGACACCACUUUUCGUGCUCAACAUGGAGAGACCCGAGAAAGCACUUCUCGAGUUCCUGAUACAAGAGGGACUUGACCUCAACGCCAGAGGAGCCAAUGGCCAGACUGUGCUAUUCAACCUCGUUAAUGGAUCACAGGACAGGAUCAAGGUCUUUGAGGUGUUGCGGAGUCUCGGAGCCGACCCUAGGGUCGUCAACAACAACCACGAGACCUUGCUCCACGUUGCGAUUCAACGUCAACUUUCACUCGAAUGGGUGCGUGCACUACUCGAUGCGGGAGUCGAUCCUAGAAUCAAGUCCCGAGAAGGCUUGACGCUGAUCCACUAUGUUCUGGAGAACUGCAGUGUGCAACAGCAGACUUUCGACAUCAUCAAUCUCUUGGCCGGACUCGGUCUUCCCCCCGACCAGGCGACCGCCACUGGGCGCACACCGUUGCACUUCGCUGCUUUGAGAGACCGAGACAAUCCUCACGUCUACGAGGGAGGCAAUACCUGGAUCGAGCUUGUGCUGAGAAACACAAUUUUUGGCAGCCCCGACAUCAACACACAGGACCUUGGUGGGCGAACGGCACUCCACCUGGCCUCGUCCGUCUCCGAGUACAAUGUUGGAAAGCUCUUGAAGGCUGGAGCUGACCCUACCCUACUCACGAAGAAUUGUAUGUCUCCUUUGCAUGUGGCUUGCACGACACGACAGCCAGGCUCGAUAGCGGUGUUGCUAGCCGCACUUGCAGAGCGCGGCAGCCUGCAUGAGUUCCUCGACCUUCGCGACAAUGAUGCAAACAGUGGACAGACACCUUUACACUUGGCGUGCCAGAGCGGUUGCUCUGAUAGCGUCUAUUUACUGCUUCGGCAUGGUGCUGAUCCUUCGGCACGCGACAAUCGGGGCCGAACCCCGCUGCAUGUGGUCGCAGAGAGUCGAUGGGGCGCCGAGUUUCGUGUGUCCAUGAAAACUGCUGGAGAGAAGGCAAGUCUUCCUGGCGGGGACGAAUACGAAGCCUUUCGGCCGCAUCAGCCGGGACGCUGCCAAUCUUCUGAUGACGCGGCGCCUGAGAUCAUCGCGGCGCUAUUUGAGGCUGGGGCCGAUCUUGAUGCACGCGAAGAUAUCAAUGGCACGGUUGGUCGGACAGCAGAGGACGUGGCGCGGGAGACUGGAUAUGCCAACUUCAUUACUGCAAUGGCCCAUCUCAGGCAAUUGCAAGCGGGUAGCGUUCGCCACGAUGACAUGGAGACCCAAGACGCGGUGCGAGUACUACAGCAGAUCACCGACAGCACCGGGAUACCACACAAGGUUCGCAUGCACUUAAGAGAAGGACAUCAAGCAGUCGUUAAGGAGUUCGCACGUGUCGGUGGGGACCUCCUCGCUCUCAGUAGCUUUGGCGAUGACACCAGCUACCACCACAUGAUUGCCGAGGGUCAGAUACAGUUACUCAAGCACUUCCGAGAAGAGUUGAGAACCGUUGAUGAGCAGGCAUGUGCACGCCGCCAGAAAAUGAGAGAAGAGGAGAAAGAAAAAGCAAGAGCGACUCGCGUUGGUGAGGAUGCAACAGACGGCACCAAAGAGACCCCAGACAAUGUCGACGACCAUGACUCCGGGGGUCCUUCGAGCCUGCUGGGCGAGGCAUGUGAACGGCCCAAGCCAAAUUUGGCCGCCAUCAAGAUACUUGUUGAUGAGGUUGGGCUUGACGUGAACGCCUACUCCCAUGUUCGCGGGUUUGCUUACAAACUCAAGAAAGCAACGCCGUUACACAUUCUCGCCAGUGGUCAGUAUUUCUGGCAGGUCGAGGCUCUCGAGUAUCUAUUGGACCGUGGAGGGGCAGACAUCCACGCGACAAACAGCGGUGGGCUGUCGCCGCUACUCGUUGCCAUCAGUGGCGAGCACCCCUGCGGCUUCUGGAGGGAAGAGACCGUCCGCCUUCUACUGAAGCACGGCGCCGAUGUGAACUCGGCAGACCCUCGGAGCGGUCAAGCCGCGCUCGCGAUGUCGAAUCACAUUGGUGUCACGCGUGCGUUGCUUGAGCAUGGCGCGGACUUGAGCCGGGCACCUGGAGCUUUGGCCAAAGCGAGUGCGAGCCUCGACACAGAGCUGGUACAGACCUUGCUGCGUGCCGGCGCUGACGCAAAUACCUUGACGGCAGCGAACGAUACUUGGAUCUGCGAGAACCAUGAACCCGAUGAAGAUGUGGCCGUUGCGCGACCUGACGAGCCCAGGUACAUAAUGCAUGAUGCCGCAAUUCAGAUCCUCUCCGAGAACUCAUACACCCUUCGAGAAGAGUGGGAUUUGCGCAAGGCGGACACCGUUGGGGCCUUACUUGAUCAUGGAGGCGAUGCGACCAAGACGUAUGGAGACGGAAGUACUGUACUUCACCGGAUAGUUGAGGACGAUGGACUGUUGAGGCCAUUCUCGAAAGUCCUGGCGAGCUUUGAUCUUGAGCGCAAAGGCUCUGAGGGCCGCACGCUGCUGACGUCGGCAUGUAUGCCACGCAAGCCACGCCAUCAUACUUGCUAUGCGGCCACGGAACCACCUAUCACGGUCCACAUCGAAGCUGCCAACCUGCUCCUUGAUGUCGGUGCGCAAGUCUGCGCCACAGACGAGCGAGGCCGGACCCCCCUUCACUGGAUGUGCACCAUGGCACGACCAUUUGAAGACAAGCAUAAGGAAAUCUUUGAAAGACUGAUUGAGAAAGUCGGCGUUUCGACGCUGGAGCACAAGGACGACGAUGGCCGUACGCCGUUGUAUCACUGCCUGAGGUCGCGACAAACCUGGGCGGCAAUGCGUCUGAUUGAAAAGGGGGCAGCACGCCUAGCGCCAGACAGGAACGGCGACGGGGUUCUGCAUGUUCUCGCCAGCGCCCUAGUAGGACCCAAGGCGCAAGCCGAGCCGGCGAGAGCUUUGUUCGAGAGGCUGUUGUCUCUCGGUGCAUCCAUCGAUGCUCGCAACAAGCGUGGAGAGACGCCCUUGUUUGUGUUCCUGGCGGCCUCCUGGAAGGCUGGAGACACCAAGACGGAGGUCAUCUCCCAUUGCGACGCGUUGCCUGUCUUUCUCCACGCGAGCGCCGACCUCGAGGCGGUGACGGAUGAGGGACUGACGAUGCUGCAUGCUGUCGCGGGUCAAGAGCCGUGCGAGAACCACUAUGGGGACUACAGGCAGUCACAGGAUGUUGGAGACAUCUUUGCGAAGCUGCUGGAGCUGGGCCUGGACCCGCGCCGAGAGGACAGCAAGCUGCGCACCGCGCUCGACCUGGCAGUGACUCGGGACUGGAGGAAUAUUGUGGACCAGUUUUCCGACGAGGGCAAGCGGAGGCUCGAGGAACAGCGGAGGCGGCGCCUGCAGAACUGACCCUUGACACCAAGCUUGGCUAACAGAGCAAUGAUGAAGACUGUUUCAUUCCAAUGCGACAAGUAGUACCACCCAGAGUUACCUGUCGACGAUGGACGUGCCUGAAGUGCCAAGGGAAACCCCUAGCUCGCGAUGCAGCCAGUUGUCUGAUAGCAGAUUGCAAACACUCGCGUAAGAAAUGUCCAACGACAGCCGCCCCUGCA